UCAUCCUCGGAGUCAUUAUCCCUGCCGCAGUGCGGCAGCGUCCAUUUCGUCUCCGUCGAAUCAGAUGUUCCGCGGUGUCCGACCCUGUCCGUCUCAUUGAUAGGUCGGUAGCAUCAUUUUUCCUUUGUGCGCGGUUUGCUCCCGGUGAACUGUAAAUAAGGAUGGAAGGUUCGAAGAGGAAUUCUCAUUUAUCUCUUUACGGCUGGAUGUUGUUUGUGGCUAGCAUUGUCGCGGGAGUGUUGGUCCAAUCUGGAAAUGGUGCGCUCCUUCCGCCGAAUCAUCUGGGCGUGGAGUACUUAGAGUGCGGUGGAAACGUACCGGGACACGUGGGCCUGCGACCUAUUGGUAUCGACAAGCCAUACCCACGCUUGCAAUGGCAGGUUGGUGUGUCGAACACAUCGCAGCGCGCAGUGCGCCAGUUUGCGUACGAGAUCCAGCUCUACCAGUUUCCUCGCACCGGUAGCAAAGAUCCCACCACCGCGAAGCUGGUCUGGAACAUUGGAAAGAUCGUCAACAAUAGGAACCUGUUCCCGUCGAACAAGUACAAAUCCACGCUGAGCCUUCCGCCAUUGGAGAGCGAUAGCGACUACUAUUUUCAGGUGCGAUGGUAUUCAACGACCACAGAAACUUCGGACUGGUCUGAACCGGGUAUGUUCUCCACAGCCCUGAUGUCGCAGGCUGAAUGGAUGGCUGACUGGAUCACCACACCGGCUGAAUCGGCACGCGGUGGUGAUGUCAUUGGUGCUCCGGCACAACCACGCACACAGAUGGUGAGGGGUGUGUUUCAAUUGCCUGCGAAACCCAUAGCACGCACACGUCUGUACCUGACUGGCCUGGGUUACUACCAGCUAUGGCAAAGCGGUGCUCAGCAGCAUGCGCAGCGCAAGCUUGGUCCGCAGACCCACUGGCCGAAACGCGUUCUGUAUGACACGUACGAGUAUGACGUGCUGGCGGGUAAGAACGUGCUGGCGUUACGCUUGGGACCAGGGUUCUGGGCGCACGAUGGCAACCCCAGCCUGUGGGCAUUGGUGCAGCUGCACAUCACAACGACGGACGGCGAGGAAUACGUAGUACGCUCGCAUGGCGUCAGCGGAGGUUGCAGCAACUCCAGCACUCACGCUAAGAAACAAGACCGCAGUGCCGGUAUGGGUGCAGCAGUCGGUGCCAGUGCCGGUAAAACCGAGAUUGAGAGCACAUGGAAGUUCCACGAUGACCCAUGCACAUUCAGUGACAUGUACCUGGGAGAGCACUAUGAUGCACAGCUGGAGAUACCUCACUGGGAUGACCCUACUCUGGACGACCGCACAUGGCUGCAUGCAUACUCACCAGCUGUUCAAACCUGUGCUGUCGUCGCUGAGAACGCGAUGGCGACACUUGGCUGUUCAGAGCCAGGCGAAGUCAUUGCAGAUGUAAAGUUUGCAUCGUUUGGCACGCCGACCGGCAAAUGCCAGUCCUGCACUGGUAGUGGCAAUAACUUUGCUUUGACGACUGCAUGCAGCGCCGAUAAUUCAACGGCAAUCGUCAAGGCCCAAUGCUUGGGCCAGAGGAGAUGCCAUGUCCAUGCUAGCCGGCAUCUGUUUGGUGAUCCGUGCCACCUUACAGCCAAGCACCUGUCCGUUAGUGUAGCAUGUGGAACUGAUACACGUGAUGGUGGGGUACGGCGUCAAGGUGAUGCGGCACCACUAUCAGGGGAACAGCUACGAGUGAGUGCACCUUCGCCGCCGGCGGUUGGUGAGCUCUCGGCUCAGCCAAUGACACACAUCUCGUCGCCAUUGGAACCCAUCCAGCCGGCCAGCGUCAAGGAAGUCAAACCUCACGUGUUUGUGUUUGACUUUGGCGUGAACCUGGCCGGAGUGUGUAUCAUUGAUUACCAUGACACCGCACCCGGAGCAGUCAUCUCCAUCAUGAAAGGCGAAGAGUUGGCUUCCGAUGGCACUGUUCAUAAUCAGCUGUCGGUCAACAUGACGACAGUGUAUGUUAGCAAAGGUGGCAAGGUGGAUGAGGCGUGGGCACCCAGCUGGGUAUACUACGGUUUCCAGUACGCACAGGUAACUGGCCUGCAGUCGGCUGAUCAGAUCAAACUGCUGAUGCUGCCCACGACAUCUGCAUUGCGAUCCCACGGCGACGUUUCCUUCUUGCCCGCCGACACCACCGGACGGCUGAUGACGGAAGUGCAAGUUGCGAUCCGCCGAACACAGGCCAGCAAUCUCAUGUCGGUACCGACCGACUGUCCGAAUCGCGAGAAGCGCGGCUGGAUGGGCGAUGCCCAGGUGACGGCGCCGGUGGCCAUGUGGAACUACGACAUGGCCGCGUUCUACACGAACUGGAUUCGCACCAUGGCCGACGUGCAAGAAGCCGGCAAAACCGGGGUAGUGCCGGACAUUGUCCCGGGAGCCGUGGGCGGCAAAACGGACGCAACGUGGAGCUCAGCAUACCCGCUCAUAUCGUUCUACAUGUACCAGCAGUAUGGCGAUCGUGAGCUCAUUGAACAGCACUAUGCUGGCUACAAAGCCUACGUGGACUACCUGACAACGACCACAGAUGCUGCCACUGGCCUACUGUUGUACCACAAGUACGGUGACUGGUGCAACAUGUACCCGCGCACUCAAGAGAUACCCACCACCGGUCCCAUCUCCGCCUGCUUCCAUUACAUGCUGGACAUACAGCUGCUGUCUGGCUUUGCCGGUCUCUUAGGCAACGAGGAAGACGCGGUGAAGUACUUGCAGCUGCACAACAAGCUGGUGGAGCCAUUCAACAAGUACUUCUACAACGACAGCAUCGGUGCGUAUGUAGAUGGUACACAGACUGUCAAUCUGCUGCCGAUUUUUGGAAAGUACGUUCCGGAUGAUGUGAAGGACAAAGUGGAGGCGAAUCUUCUGGACGAUAUUGUCACAAAGCAUGACAUGCAUUUGACCACGGGGGCGGUUGGUACUCGCUUUCUCUUGCCCGUUGUUACUGGACUGGGCAGACCCGACAUUGCUGUGGCUCUGGCCAACCAGAGUACGUUCCCGUCGUGGGGACACUGGAUCAUGCAGGGAGCUACAUCGCUCUGGGAGAACUGGUCGGGAGUUGCCGACGAAACUCACCCUCCAGCACCAACGCAUGACCAUAUAUUCCUAGGAUCACAUGGAUCAUGGCUCUAUGAAGUCGGUCUCGGCAUCAAGCCCAAAAUGCCAGGUUUCGAGCAGAUUAUAAUCCGUCCACCUGUCACCUACUUUAACAAUCAGACAAUCGGACAAGCCUGCAGAGAGUCCGAAGGCUCCAUGCUGCUGGAUUUGGAAGGUGCUCAGGGUACGUAUGACAGCGUCCGUGGUCCAAUAAGCGUGACGUGGAGCCAGCAGAAGCCAGAUGCCGACCACACCGUCUUUACGUUGCACGUGGACAUUCCAGUCAACACCAACGCUUCCGUCUAUCUACCUCAACGCGUCAUCUGCACUUCCACUCUCGGAGAAUCCGUGUUCCCACCGGCCGAGAACGUGACUAUCUAUGAGGGCAAUAACCUGAUCUGGAUCAACAAUUUCUUCCAUUGGCCCGGCGCACCCGGAAUAACUGGUGGUGGGAUGCUAGGACUGGAGAAUGCAAUCGUUUUCGAAGUGGGAUCGGGGCACUACGAUUUCCAAGUCCGCGAAGUCAACUAGCCAGUCUACCAUGGCUUAUACUGGACGAACAGUUUAGUUAAUACACAACCAAUCCGAUUCACACUAUUUUGACGUGUGAAUUUAUUCAACUUACGUUAUUUCAGCACUACAGCAGGACUGUCUUUCAUUGAUUUGACAGCUGGACUGUCAUUCUGAAUAGUAAAUACUUCCAUUUUUGUUGUUGUUUUUCUUGGCCUUGGCCAUGCUGACAUGUGCAAGCAUGCAUCAUCAUAAUGGAUAACAGUCCACAGGGUCAUCAUGGUCAUAGCACUGGGA